AUGGUCCCCUUUUCCUUCGGCUCAUCUUCAACUCCUACUCCCCCCUCCACUUCCACCCCCCAGUUCGCCUUCCACAACAUCGCCAACCCUCCAUCCCUAUCCGCAUCCGCAUCCGCAUCGUCUAUAUCGACCCCAGCCUCUCAGCAACGGAAAAAAAGAAAACAAGCAGCAGAAAGCGACUCGUAUUCCCGUUCCCAACAUCAUUCCCAUCCCCCGUCCUUCGAGCACGGUCGACACACGUCUAGUUCACCACCGGGAAAGCUCUCGGACACAGCUACGCAGCGGAUCCUCGAUACUCUCGUCGUGCCAAUCCAUCGCGAGCUGUCCCAGAUCCUAGCUCGGAGUGGUGGCAGCGACGCAAUAGCAGCGCUAUGGAUCCUCGUCGAGCAGAUCCGGCGGGUCACAGCCGAGUUAGGGCUCGAGUUCCCAGAUAGCGGCAAUGCCAAAGGAUCGGGUUCGAGUGAAGGUGAAGAGAUGGACGUCGACUCGGAUUCGAGCUAUGGUGAUAGCAAUGCCGGGGAACGGCCUGCUGGUAGCUCCGAGAGUCGGCCAGCUUAUCCUUUCGCUGCUGCUGCUCUGCCCGUCCGCAACGUCGCGCCAGGCCACCAGGACCAGGACCGGGACCGUGAUCAAGACCGAGACCGUGAUCAAGACCGAGACCAUGACCAUGACCACGACCAGAACCACGACCACGACCAGAACCACGACCAAGACCAAGACCAUGACCAAGACUACGACCAAGACCGAGACCAUGACCAUGACCACGACCAGAACCACGACCACGACCAAGACCACGACCAAGACCAGGACCACGACCACGACCAAGACCAUUCCCACGACCCAGACCACUCCCACUCCCACUCCCACUCCCACGCUUCCAAACCCUCCAAGCGCGCCUUCAAGUUCGGCAGCGACGGCUCUUCCCUCAGCAAAGUCAAAGACGGAUACCGCAUCAUCGCCCCCGUCACCUGGUCACUUACCCCCGACCUCCAAGCCGACGCUAUCAACACCCGCAUGCGUACCAUCUUCCGUCGCCUCACCGACGGCGUCCGCACCCUUACUACCCACCGCAACAUCCGCGCCCCCCGCAUCGACUUCCUCGACCACCAAGCCAACCAGUGCGUCAACUUCAUCGCUACCCGCAUCCUCGGCCCCCCCGGCGAAGCCCACUGUCUCGAACUGAUCUUCCAAGCCCGCUCCGCCGGCGGCCUCUUCCGCGCCGACCAUACCGUCAGCAGCCGCGCCGCGACCGUCAGCCAGCACGCCGACUGCCCCAGCAGCCUCCGCACCUUCACCCGGAUCCUCGCCCGCGCCGAGGAGAUGCACGUCCACCACACCAAGAAGACCCUCGCCCACUUCUCCGAGAUGUGGACCAGCUACUGCCUGCUCGAGCAGUGGUACAAGCUCUCCAGCAUCUGCGCCACCGUCAGUCCCGAGCGCGACCGUCUCGACCUGUUCCUAUCCUCGCAAGCUUUCGCGCGCACGGGCCCGUCGCAGGUUCUCGUCUCGCGUUGUGCCGACUACGUGAUUGACCGGCUAGGGUUAAAGAAAGAGAACUUUCACCGCGCGCUGGAUCAUAUCAAGCCGCUGUUUCAACUGGUGCAGGUGCUAGGGCGGGGGGUUAUGGCGUUGAUUACGCGGGAUGCGUUGACGAAGUUGGACUCGCAACCCUUUCUCAAAACCGGAUCCAACGCUUUUGCACGGUCGUUAUACAAGUCAUUCCUGAGUUGA